AUGCUUUCAUCGCUAAUACUCUCUCAUCUACCCAACAUAUUUACUCUCUCUACCACAACAAGACUCUACCACAACAAGACUCUACCACAACAAGACUCCACCACAACAAGACUCUACCACAACAAGACUCUACCACAACAAGACUCCACCACAACAAGACUCUACCACAACAAGACUCUACCACAACAGGACUACCACAACAAGACUCUACCACAACAAGACUACUCCACAACAAGACUCCACCACAACAAGACUCUACCACAACAAGACUCUACCACAACAAGACUCUACCACAACAAGACUCCACCACAACAAGACCCACCACAACAAGACUCCACCACAACAAGACUCCACCACAACAAGACUCUACUACAACAAGACUCUACCACAACAAGACACCACAACAAGACUCUACCACAACAAGACUCUCACCACAACAAGACUCCACCACAACAAGACUCCACCACAACAAGACUCUACCACAACAAGACUCUACCACAACAAGACUCCACCACAACAAGACUCCACACACAAGACACCACAACAAGACCACCACAACAGGACUCCACCACAACAGGACUCCACCACAACAGGACUCUACCACAACAAGACUCCACACUACAAGACUCUACCACAACAAGACUCCACACUACAAGACUCUACCACAACAAGACUCUACCACAACAAGACUCUACCACAACAAGACACCACCACAACAGGACUCCACCACAACAGGACUCCACCACAACAGGACUCCACCACAGCAGGACUCCACCACAACAGGACUCCACUCCACCACAGCAGGACUGCACACAACAGGACUCCACCACCACAACAGGACUCCACAGCAGGACUCCACCACAGCAGACUCCACCACAACAGGACUCCACCACAACAGGACUCCACCACAGCAGGACUCCACCACAGCAGGACUCCACCACAGCAGGACUCCACCACAGCAGGACUCCACCACAGCAGGACUCCACCACAGCAGGACUCCACCACAGCAAGAUUCCAACAUAUAAUGAGGUAAAACUCGUAUAG